AUGGGCCCGUUCAACACAAAUCGUGAGAAUCGAAGUGAUGCACCGCGUCGGCUUGUCCUUUGCUUUGACGGCACUGGGAACAGCUUUCAGGCGAACGAGUCAGAUACAAAUGUCGUUAAAAUAUACGAUAUGUUGAAUCGUUUUGACAAGAACCAGUUCCAUUACUAUCAGCCCGGAAUUGGCACGUUUGAUAUUGGCUCAAGUCACUCGGGGACAACAUUCAUAGAGCGAGUAAGAACCAGUAUUGGAGCGAUGAUGGACCAAGCUAUCGGCACCACCUUCGAAUACCACGUAUCUGCUGGUUACAAAUUCUUGAUGAGAUUUUACUCCCCUGGUGAUGCAAUAUACAUCUUCGGAUUCUCUCGUGGGGCAUAUACUGCGAGGUUCCUGGCGGAGAUGAUCAACGUCAUAGGCCUCCUGUCCCAGGGAAAUGAAGAUAUGAUUCGCUUUGCUUUCCAAUCCUUCAGCGAAGUUCAACGGAAUCGGGGCAAGAUUAACAAGAGCACGAAAGAGGUUGAGCAGGAACGAUACCUUGAACACUUCAAGCGAACCUUUUGUCGUCGCAAUGUUAAGGUUUAUUUCCUGGGUCUUUUUGACUGUGUGAACAGUGUCGGGCAAUUUGAAGUUCCUUUCCGGCGACAAUCAUACCGCUAUAUUGCAACGCCCCCUGCAGUUCACAUCCGUCAUGCAGUUUCCAUUCACGAACGCCGGCUCAAGUUCAAACCAGCACUUUUCCUAUUCGAGAAGGAACAUCAAGAUUCUGACAUCCAGGAAGUAUGGUUUGCAGGAAAUCACUGCGAUGUUGGCGGAGGGUUUCACUACGAAGGCCCUGGGAAGCAUCUUCUGUCCGAUAUCCCGUUGGCAUGGAUGGUCGACCAAGUCAACUCCCUCGAUGAUCAACCUGCCGGCAAACUAGCAUUUGACCAGGAGACCAUUAUUAGAAGAGGCCACAUGAAGGCAGGCCGUACACCUAUGCUACUACCAACCCACGGCCUAUCUUCCCAUACUCCACGGGAAUCUAUUCUAAGAGAACGGAGACCGCACGACUUCCUAACCUUCGACCGUGGCGUAACACGCUUCGCAACGUUAAUGUGGUGGAUUCUAGAAAUCCUCCCUCUUUUCACCCGCCUGGAACUCGAACACGGAGAAUGGAUCCCACGCUACUGGCCUCCGAAUCUCGGGGCCACCCGUGACAUACCCCGGGAUGCCAAAAUUCAUGCUUCCGUAGCACAGAUGUAUAAGGCCGGUGUACUUACCGAAAUGCCUCGGCUUGGUGGUGACCUACCUCCCUUUCUAGAGGAUCCAAUAAUGCUUAUACAGUCAUUACCUUUUUUACUCUUUCACCUGCUGAAGCCGUGGAACUGGACCUACCGCUGGAGGAAACACAAACCAAUUGCUCCAAAGACGCAAGAGGCCAUCAAAAAGAAAGUAACAAGGGUGGUAGAAUCGCAUGGAGCUCGAUCAUGGAGUUGGACCUAUUGA